AUGUUACAUUGGGACAUCUUGGCCCACCGUAUGAAGCCGGCGGGGCCACAGCGGACGGAUGAAAGAGCCGUGUUGGUGUGUACCAUGACAACAGAGGCUAGCGCGGUGGGCGAGGCGGACACAGAGGGCAAGCCGAAGCCCAGUGUAGCAGAGGCAGAGAGAAGACCGGAGACCAAGCAGAGCUCGGAGGCAGAGAUACAACUGGAGAACAAGCAGAGCCCAGAGCCAGAAACAGAGAGAGAACCGGAGAACAAGCAGAGCCCAGAGGCAGCGGAGCCAGAUAGGGAGAAGCCCAGCCAGAAGACCCAGGAGCAGCGGCGCUCGCAGUGCUCAGACGUAGAGUGGGCUGAGGUCGAGAAGGCGGAGAAGGACAGGAAAGAGAAGGCAGAGGCUGGAACAAAGGAGGAAAAGUUAGAGCAGGCCAAGGGGGAGGAGAAGAAAGAGGAAGAGGCAGCAAAGAAAGCAGAGACGAAGAAGAAAGAGGAGGAAGAGGAAGCAAACAAAGCAGAGAAGAGGAAAGACGAAGAGGAGUCAGCAAAGAAAGCAGAGAAGAAGAAAGAGGAGGAAGGGGCAGCAAAGAAAGAGGAGAAGAAGAAAGGGGAGGAAAAGACAACGAAAAAAACGCAAAAGGGGAAGAAGAAAGAGAAAGAAAAUAAAGAGGAGGAGAAGGGGAAGAAGAACGAGGCGAAUAAAGAGGUAAAGAAGAACGAGGAGAAUAAAGAGUUAAAGAAGAAAAAACGGAAGGGCAAAAAGAAAGCAGGGGAGGAGCACAAAGCAGGGGAGCAGUCCACAACAGAGGUGCAGGUGAAAGCCCCCAUCGCAGCCCCGGAGCCAGAGCUCAGAGCAGAGGCGGAGGGGGAGGCUGAACCGGAGAGGCAGGAGGAGCCGGUAGAGGCCCAGGACCAUCACUCCAUCAGCAGUGCAGAGACACAGCCAGCACAGGCGGAGCAGAAGGUGAACGCCGAGGUAGAGAAGGAGGGGGACGAGAAGGAGGCGGGAGUAGAGGAGAAAGAGAAGAAAGAAGAAACAGAGGAAGAGCCAGCCGAGCAGAUGGAGGAGGAGGAGGGAGAGGCGAACGGAGGGGAAGGGGAGAACACUAAUGGAGAAGACAAGAUGGCUUUAGCAGAGGAGGCCAAACCCUCCAAGCGUCCGCGGAUCAUGCAGUGUAAAGUCACCCUCCUGGACGACACUCUGUUUGAGUGUGAGCUCGGUAAACAUGCGACGGGCUCGGAUCUGUUUGUGAAGGUGUGUGACCACCUCAACCUGCUGGAGAGAGACUACUGUGGCCUGGCCGUCUGGGAUACCCCCACCUCCAGGACAUGGCUGGACGCCUCCAAAGAGAUCCGGAAACAGGUGGCAGAUUAUACAUACGAGUUCACUUUCAAUGUGAAGUUCUACCCUCCUGAUCCAGCUCAGCUCACAGAAGACCUCACCAGGUACUACCUGUGUCUACAGCUGCGUAAAGACAUCCUGAGUGGCCUGCUGCCAUGCUCCUUUGUAACUCUGGCCAUGCUAGGCUCCUACACGGCCCAGUCUGAGCUGGGGGAGUAUGAUCCAGAGGUCCACGGCUCUCACUACACCAAGGAGCUGAGGCUGGCCCCGGGACAGGGCAAAGAGCUGGAGGACAAGGUCAUGGAGUUGCACCGCACAUACAGGUAAGAACCAG